CUCUCUCUCUCACACACUUACUCUCUCUCACUCUUACUCUUUAGCUUUCUUUCCAACACGUUUCUUUCUUUCGUUCUUUUUCAUCCAUCUGCUUUUGCCAUCACGUUUUCGUUUGCAUUCUACAUAUCUAUCGCGAGCGUUCUCUCUUGCUUGCUUUAUCGUUGGCUAUUUGGUCAUCUCUUCCUACCUUUCUCUUUUUUGUUUUUCAUUGAAGUUCUUUUGAUAUUCACAUAUGUCGCGAGGCAUCGUGCGCGCGUCGCAAAUCAUACGUCGUGGAAAGAGAUUUAUCGCGCAAUAUUAUCGGGAUCCGCCGAUCCAUCCAUAAGAUAGUAGUUGGCGCGAUCCCGAUAGCCGUCAUCGAAGACGAGCAUCGUGUAUUUAUAUCAGUGUGAACGGCAACCGCUCGGGAAAGUGACAAGAGUGAGACUAAUGAUUGCUUGCAGGGAAAAGUGGUGAACCAGGGGUUGAUGCACGAUACGAGGUUUCGGUGUAGGUCGAUUCAGUAUCAUCAAGAUUGAGGAUUAUCUAUUCGAAUUCAGUGUAAUAACACCGGCAAAGCAUGUAGACAAUAAUACAAAAAGUAUUAAUAUUCACCCGCCAAUAUUCACGUCGCCGCAAAUCGUCAGUUUCGAUUGUUUUGCAAUGACGAAUAUGAAUGUGCUUGCAUAAAUGAGACAAUCUUACGUUCUCAGUCGUACUCUCAAAGAUUUAUGUGACGAAUGUGUUAUUAUUUCAUUUUGUCAUCGACUCCAAGUGCAUAGGUGCCAUGAACUCCGAAUAGAAUGACGACGAUCGUGACAAAUGCAUUACUGAUGACAAGCGGAUUGUUGGCGAGCACGAUGAGGUAGUGAUUAUCGGGACACGUGCCGAUUGGAUAACUGCAAGUUGUAACGGAAAAGAAAGUAGACACUAUCCCAGAUAGAGUCCUGGGGGAAGAUAUUUCAAGGAUACUGUUCGAUGUUUUCGAUCGCUUGACUUUUCGGGGACCAACUAAUUGCAGUCAAGGCAAAGAGAACUGGAGACCGCACGGAUAUCCGAACAUUUCCGAAGUACGCAGAUGCCCCGAAGGAAACAGCACGCACCGCAACGUAUGAAAUGGGAGGACGGCGUCGAAGGCUCUGCGCCCGGUACGGACCUCCAAGGCGAGGAGGGCGAUUGCGUCGACGAGGAUGGCCCUAUUAGUCCCAGCGAAAGGGGCUGCAUGCCCGCUGCGAAGGAGGACGAGGAUGCCGAUGGAACGGACGAAGAGGACGAUGAGGAGGCAUCGCCGCCUACGCCACCGCCUUCCACCACCUCGAGAUUAAACCCAACAAUCUUGAGAGACACGGGACCUCCGGACAGGGAGCCAAUGAGUCCGCGCUGUCCCUCGAGAGAUUCUCGGGAAUCAUCCGGUCCGGCGACCGGAAGUCCCCCACCACCUGCUACCAGGAGCAGCGCGAGCCCAGUCAGUCCAAGUAGUAUCGUGCCUCUACCCCUUGGAACUCAUCCCCUGCUACCACCCCAUUCUGCAGCAGUCAUGGCGGCGUAUCUGCAACAGACUCAUCAGCGCCUCCUUCUCGGCCACUCGCCUUUAUCGCGCGGCUCGGUGUCACCUCUAGUUUCCUCGUCGUGUUCGCCACCAGCCGCUACCCCCGGUCUCUUGGUAUCGCCUACGAGCGUUGGGGAGAUGUCGCCGUCAGCGACACCCUUACCGGCCGUGCUGGACUUUAGCACGAGGAAAGCAUCCUUGACCGAGGACGAUGAAGAGGAACAGAUAUUGAAUCUCAGCAAACCACCUACGCCGUCUUCCUCGACGGAGACGAACAAUGGCCCCUUGGAUCUCUCGGUAUCCAGCAGAAAACGACCCGAGACGGAAAAUUUGUCGCCUCCGCCACCCCGCAAGUCAUCGAGAUUGGCCUCUUCGACGAGUUCCACGAGCCAUCAAGAAACGGCACCGGGAGUCGCGCCAUCUGGCUUUGGCCGACCACCUAUAGUAUCCCCCUGGACAUCUCCGGUGGUGGCCUCGCAUUUUCCGUACUUUGCUGCAGCGGUAGCAGCAGUUACUAGUCAGCAGCAGCUCUCACCGAAAAGCACUAGCGGCGUAGUGGAUCAUCAUCAGCUUUGGAACGGAAAGAUGAAACCACCAACGGCGUUGGAAAAACCGUAUCAACCUAGCGAAGCUACAAAGGCUCUCGAGAAAAUGAGCGAGUUGAGUAAACUCGGCGGCGAGGAUCUCUUCCGAUCGUCCUCCGGAGGCAGUGCUGCCGUAACGGGUGCCAGCGCGCCGGCCACAACGUCCAGCAGUCGUCACAGCGCCUGGCAAUCUCAUUGGUUGAACAAAGGAGCUGAUCAAGCCAAGGAUGUUUUAAAAUGCGUGUGGUGCAAACAGAGUUUUCCAACUCUAGCAGCGAUGACAACGCACAUGAAAGAAGCCAAGCACUGUGGCGUCAAUAUGCCAGUACCACCUCCGGCGCCAGGGAUUCACUCGCAGCAGACGAGCAUGCCAACCAUCCCGCCUCCUCAGCAAUCGCACCAACCGCAAACUUCCAGCAGUAACACUGGUAGCAACAACUCGGCUACGCCUAGUAACAAGCAAAGUCCAUCCGAUUUGAAUCUUUUAAUCAAAGAAACGAUGCCACUGCCGCGAAAACUCGUGCGAGGUCAAGAUGUCUGGUUAGGUAAAGGUGCCGAACAAACGCGGCAGAUUCUCAAAUGCAUGUGGUGCGGGCAGAGCUUCCGUUCGCUGGCCGAAAUGACCUCGCAUAUGCAACAAACGCAGCAUUACACAAACAUUAUUUCUCAGGAGCAAAUAAUAUCCUGGAAGUCGUCCGACGAGAGCAAGGGCGGCAAUACUACCGGCUCCGCUGGAAGUGGCGGAAAUAGCGGUGGAGGAAGCAAUGCCGGAGUACAACCGAGCGGUGGAUCCGGACCCCACGGCGGAAACAACGGCGGCCCUGGUGCUGGCGCGACGAGCAGUCACGUUAGCGCUGUGCUAACUUGCAAGGUUUGCGAUCAAGCGUUCAGUUCUUUGAAGGAGUUGAGUAACCAUAUGGUGAAGAAUUCGCACUACAAGGAACACAUAAUGCGCUCGAUUACCGAAAGCGGAGGACGUCGGCGGCAAACGCGAGAGAAGCGAAAAAAGUCACUGCCGGUGAGGAAACUGUUGGAAUUGGAACGCGCGCAGAACGAAUUCAAAAACGGUGACGCUGCCGCCAAUCUGACUCAUCUCGGCAAGCAAGCUAGCAGAAUUACGUGCGAGAAAUGUGGAGAGAAGAUCGAAACUCCGCUCUUUGUGGAGCACAUACGUCAAUGCAUCGGCGCAGGCACGGUGGGCGUCAAUCAGCGAAACUUUUUGAAGAACGCGCUCAUGUCCAAUCACUUACCUGCGACGUUACCGCCAACCGAGAGCGGACGUAAGAGCGUCAAUGAGGAAACGUCCUCGAUAUCGUCGAGGCAUCACCGGUCUCCAUCCUCUGCCAGCGACGCGACCACGCCUGGAAAAGAUACUCCUACACCGAACACCAAUGAAGGCACCGCUCCGUUAGGUACCUCGCCGUCGGUUUUGAACGCGAUAGAGAAGCUCAUCGAAAAGAGUUUCGAUUCUCGCGUGAGACACGGCACCCCCGGUAUGCAUCACGCUCAACCCGGCGCACCUAUGGGCACAAGUAUUCUCAAACGCUUGGGCAUCGACGAGAGCGUGGAUUACACGAAACCUCUGGUGGAUCCGCAAACGAUGAAUCUACUCCGAACUUAUCAACAGCAGCAGCAUCAGCAACAACAUUACAAUGCGAAUGCCGCGGCCAGAAGGGAGCGAAGCGGUAGCGAGUCCAGUUCAAUAUCAGAGCGAGGAAGCGGUAGAACGGAUACCAUGACACCGGAAAGACGCCUAGAUUUGUCUACCACGAGUCAUGAAAGACAUUCGAGCUCUCUGUCCCAUCAUCAUCGUGUUACUCCGGAGAAACAGACCGCGCCGUUAUCUAAUCGCCAUCAUCCGAUUACCGAAGAAUCCGGAGAUGAGGAAUCACCAUCUACCGUGGUGGUAAAGAAAGAGCCGAGGGACGAGGAGACAGAGGAACGAGGCGCGAACGAGGAAGAGCAACAGCAAUCGCAGCAAUCAACGAGGGAAGUGUUUGUGAAGAAGGAGAUAGUGGACGACUGCAGAGACGAGGAGGAUCAGAGUUCCUACAAUCACCGACGAAGCAGCCUCCACGAGACGCCGGAGGACGGACGGGAAGUUUUGUCACCUCGCAUGAAUCCACCUACGCCACGACCGACCAAUCAGGUGGAACAGAUCGCGCGUAGUCCUUGUAGAAACAGCACGAGUAGUCCUACCAGCAGCGAUCGGUCGGUCACGCCACGCGGUACGCCCGACACUAAAGCAUCGAGUAGUCUUGGAGCGCUUUCCUCCAUGUUCGACAGUUUGUCCGGUGGUGGCGGCGGAGGCGCCGGUGGAAGCACCGUCGAUUCGCAAGGUCGUAAAACGAGCAGCCACCCUCUCGCCGCGUUGCAAAAAUUGUGCGACAAGACAGAGACGCGAGGUCCGAGUGCCAGCGGCGCUUCAAGAUCCGGGGGUGGUUCCUCGACUACCAUCGGACCAGGCAGCGGCAGCACGGUAGGAGGAGUGACCGGUCCGGGUCCCGGACCAACGCCUGGUGCCAUUCUGGCAUUCAGCUGGGCCUGCAACGAUGCGGUAGUUACCGCAGACUCGAUCAUGAAAUGCGCGUUCUGCGAUACGCCCUUCAUUUCGAAGGGCGCGUACAGGCAUCAUCUCUCCAAGAUGCACUUUGUCAAGGAUGGCGUCAUCCCGGAUCCACUGACCAUCGGCAGGUCGGCCGCAGCGGCCGCGGCCGCCGCGGCGGCCCAGGGCACUUCCGGUGGGCCGAGUCGCAACUCCUCGUCACCGCCGACGUCGCAACGCAACAAGUCGCCGCCGCUUCCGCAAGCGAACGGUAGCCCGUCGCAGUCGGCGGCCUCUCCCCUCGAGGAGAGCCCGCACUCCAAAUUUCUCAAGUAUACGGAGCUGGCAAAGCAAUUGUCCAGUAAGUACGUAUAGUCCGAGCCCCGUAAGUAGCGGUGCCAUUUGUACAUAAGUGUAUCUAUAUUGUAACGACUGUAACUAGCGAUGGUUGACAAUUUUCAUCCUCUUCUCCCUCCCCCCUCUUUCCCCGCGAACACCGCCGCGCCGAACGACGUCGUCGCGCAUCCGGCGUCUUCGGGUUUAUGCUUAAAGAGGCUGUGUCGUGGCUAUACCGAUAAACGAAAAAGAAAUUAUACGAGAGAGAUUGUAUACACAAACGAUGGUAAAUGUAUCAAAUAUUAUUUCCCAUUAUCACUUGUCUCUCUCUCUCUCUCUCUUUCUACAUUUGAGAGCAUUCACGUUCUAUCGGCCUAUCGUUGUUCAAUUAUUCGUAAAAUGGGAUUAAUUUUACAUAAUAUUUAAUUUGAUUUCAUAUUUACAUAAUAUUUCUAUCGUAUCAUCACCAAUUGUCUUGAGGUAUCUUAUAUGGUAGCAAGUAUACAUUAAAGAUUAGAAAUUGAAACCAGUAUAAAUUUACAAAUUUUAGAUUUCGAUGUCACAAGCAUGCAAAAAUGAUUUCUGUUUAUGCCGAUGAAAAUGCGCAACAAAUGGCGCAAAAUCUUUUUUCCUGAACUUGUAGUAUUGAAAAUUGAAAUUAUAAUUAUACUGAUUUUCAAUUACUUUUUACAUGUCUCUAUUCUACAUUUACCUGUUCGGUAAAGUAGAAAUUAUAGAAAUGUUAUUGUACCGUUAAACAUCAUAAUUAUCACUAGACGAGAGCGUCGACUCUUCGUUUUUGAUAAUGUGGAAAAAGCCGACACAAUUGGUGAUAAGAGAACUCUUACAAAGAGAACUCUUUUAUUUUUUUAAAUUUUUAUCUAAUUGUAUUUAGGAAUAUAAAAAAUUGAGCAAAAAAUUAUUAAAUUUAAAAUAUUAUUCUGAAUUAUUUCUUCAUUAUACGCAAAGAAGGAAAGUAAUAUUUCGCAUCAUUUGAAAAUCUGAGAUUUCUUAAAAGCUAAGCCUCGUCACCGCGCUCUUUUAGCCUAAAUGUGGAUAUCUCCGUCGAAAGAAACUUUGCCGUUACGACGAUAUUAUAGUGAGAAAUUUCGUUCAGUCACAGAAUAAAUGCAAACGCAAUAUGACGCAACGCGAUUCCGUUUCCGUUUCUGGCGAUCGUCUUAGUCUGUCAUCGAGAACAUGUCUUAUCAUUCCUGGGUUGUUGACGGCGCGAUUAACGUGUGCGUCGCCCAAAACUCUUUGAAAAUUAAAAAUCUCUACAUUGGCGAGAGAAGUUUGAAAUUCCAUUUUAUAUACAUCUCUCUUAUUAUUUCUUUUAUACUAAUCCCUCUCUUCUCUUUUACUACAUUUUAAUUAUUACGAAAAGAUUAUGUCGAGAUUAUGAGGAAUAGACGCGCGCGUAAUUAUUUAGAACAUUUUCCUUUCUCUAUAGAUCGCGUGUGCAACGUGAAAAACCUCCCGAGACGGUUUUUCGCUUUAGAAUUUUUCCUCGAUCGCGAUCGCUAUGGGAAUAAGAGUCUAAGAACGCGCGCGUGCAACUUUGUACAAUUGACAUUUCGUAUCGUUGACACAUUAUUCCUGAGCACAUUUCGCCUUCCGUUUACUCGGUAUCACUUUCCUUCCAUCGGUAUGAGAAGAUUAACAAUUAAACAAAUUGUAACAGUGACUCUUAUUUUUUUUUUUUUUUUCGUGCCCAAGACAGUACACGAGAGGGUGUGACGAUGAGAUGUUGUGGGUGUUGAACGAGCGUUAAUUAAAUUGUGAUGCCACCAUAUCUCGCGGCAUUGCUGAGUCACGGGGCUCGGCACGCGGCCAAGUUUGUGAUUUUAUAAAUACUUAAGGACGUUUACGACGUGAGAUGAGGAAGAUUUGCGUGAGAUGAAGAAAACUGCAAAAAAUCGGUUAGAUUAGAGAAAGAAAGAGAGCCGAAGAGAUAGAGAAAGAGGAAGCGAGAGACGGCGAGAAGGAAAGAAAGCUUAUCUAUCACCUGUCGUAAGAUCGUCAGCAUGUAUACCUCUAGAUUGUAAGGCCGUAGUUUAGUAGAGCAUAGGCUAGGCUAGGGUUUUCGACCCUGUAUAGGAAUCUCUUUGUUGAUACUUAUUACUACGAAAAAUCCAAGUGAGUUUUGCUCGCGGGGACGGACGAGAACCGCCUCGGAGAGCGUUACGACUGCUGCGAAUAGAAGGUGCGGAGAUACCUUGAAGCGAAUGUAGAAGAGCGACAAGAACCGAAGGGUGCAUAGACGCGGUGCAAUAGCGAGACUCGAAUAAGUUAAUUGAAUAAGUACGCGCGAGAGACGAAUGCGUGUGUGAAAGAGCAAAGUGUGAAAGAGAAAAAGAGAGGGAGAGAGAAAGAGAGAGAGAGAGAGGGAAAGAGAGCGCGAGUAAAAGAAUGCAUGCGAGAGAGCGUGAUGCAUCGUCGAAGAACGCAAAUUUUCUCGACGUAUAACGUACGUGUAGACUAUUGUAAAUUUUCUUUGUUCAAAUAAUAUUUAUUGCGACGAGAACGAGCCAACGUGUCAUUUUACGUGUAAAAUAUUGUCAUUAUUAUCACUCGAAUUAUCGCGAAUACUGUGUAUAUUGAUUAUAAUUAUAAUUAUUAUAUUACAGUGAUAUACAUAUAUGCGUGUGGUGUAACAAAUGCGGAGCAUAGGGCGCAAGUGGAAUCAGAUGAGAAUAUAUGAAUGUUACCUGGAUGACGGGAAUAAGAGAGAGCGAGAAAAUGCGCGUGAGCGAGCGAGCGAGAGAGAGAGAGAGAGAGAGAGAGAGAGA